ACAUCGACAUACAGUACAUACAUUAUCUUGCCUGGCUAACGGGCCAGGGCCUGAAACCCCUCUAGCACUCCGCAAACCCCGCAACAACCGCGCCUUUUUAAUGCAACCGGCUGGACCGUCGACAUUAUACUACAAACAUUGCUUGCCUCCUGAUCAACCACACUGUAUCUUGUGCUUGGACAGGCGGCUUUUAGGGCUUCCCGUGUGUCCAGCCGACAUCCUAGCGCCAGUGUACACGCGACAGGGGCCCCGUCACCAAACCUGUGUGUCCUUUCCACCUAAGCAAGUUCAAGUCGAAGACCAAGGCACUUCCUACUUGCAGAGGCAGGCCAACGCGUCCACGGUUACAACCCCGCUAGGGUUGUCUGGGCACGACGGCAGUUGGUACGGAGUAGUCGUUGCCACAGGGCCGCCUACAUGGCUGCCUCAGAGCCGCGGCUGCUCAUUAUCGACACAGACCCAGGCGUAGAUGACGCCAUGGCUAUCCUCCUGGCCGCCAACAGCCCCGAGGUCCGGCUGGUGGGGCUGACCACUGUGUACGGCAACGUACCCACGGCCCUGGCCACGGCCAAUGCCCUGCGGCUGCUAGAGAUGGCGGGGCUGGGCCAGGAUGUGGUGGUGGCUCAGGGCGCGGCGCGGUCUCUCAAGGCCGGCAUGGACGUGGAGCGCAUCGCAGACUUCGUACACGGCGCAGACGGCUUCGGUGACAUAGGCCUGCCGCCACCCAAGGGCGCCGCCGCGGACUGCUCCGCAGCUGAGUUCAUUGUGCGUACCUGCCGCCAGCACCCCGGCCGGGUGACCAUCCUGGCGCUGGCGCCGCUCACGAACAUCGCCCAGGCACUCAUGCUUGACCCGCAGCUGGGCGACAAAUGGGAGUCGCUGGUGAUACUGGGUGGAGCGUUCUUUGUUAACGGCAACGUGAACCCCGCGGCUGAGGCCAACAUCUUCGGAGACCCGGACGCAGCUGACCUCGUGCUUGGCAGCACAUCGAACCUGAGGAUACUGGGGCUCGACGUAACGACGCAGUGCAAGAUGAGCGGGGAAGAGCUUGAGGACCUGAAGGGCCGCGGAAAGUACGGCACCUUCGUCCGCGACAUCUCCCAGUUCUACCUGGGAUUUCAUCGGGAGUGGCACGAUGUUGACGCUAUCUACCUGCACGACCCAACCGCCAUGGUGGCCGUGCUGCGGCCAGAGCUGUUCAGCUGGCAGCGGGGGGCGGUGCGCGUGGCGACCGACGGCGUGACAAGGGGCCAGACAGUCAUGGAUGCCAGCCCCAAGGGUUUCCAUGGGGAACACGGCUGGGCGGCGCCGCGGCCUCGCGUGGAGGCGGCUCUGGGCAUCAACAGUGACGCCGUGGUGGCGCUCAUACGAGACAGGCUCACCGCGGCGUGAGGGCAGCGGGCGGCGCGUUCGGCAAGAAGAUAUCUAAUGGAUAUAGUGCAGGAGCAAGGCCGCGAGCCGGUGCAGGACCAGGCAGGAUGAAUUCUUGGUGUGCGUGGAAGUGAGUGUGGUAGUUUCACGCUGCGCAAGUACAUAACCCGCCCUGGAGAACCUAGAUGUGUCUUUUGCCGUUAGUCCUACUACAUUGAGGCCGUACACAGAGGCUGGAUAGGGGUGCCCCUUGAUUAGUGAUCAAUCCUGGGGGAAAGUUGGCUGUCGCGCGGCCGCUAGCAGCAGCGGAGAAGCGGCGCCGGCGUGCAGGUUGAGACCUGCCGGUGUCGGGUACGCGGACUUUGCUGGCGAGACAGCGUGGCAGGGUGCGUGUGCCUUGUAGUCAAGUCAGGGGAAAUCUUAAUAAGGGAGGAAUCAGGGGAAUUUUGAACUGGAAACGGGAAGGUAGCGAGGUAACGGCACUUUUUGACGUGUCUGGUUGGCCUGCUGCCUGCUGCACUAGUGCUUGAUAGCUGGGCGCGACUGGGCACAUAUGGCGGGCGGUGCCUGUACAAACCGACCCCGGCUAUGUCCGGGAGAUGAGGCUAGUAUCGGAACCUUCGGCCUCAGACGGAGGACGUGGCGUGGCGGCACAGCCCACUUUUCCCUUGCAAGGGAGAGCCACCUUUUCUUGUUGACGUGUCAUGACGUGU